AUGAAAUACGUGCUCGUUUCCGGAGGUGUGAUCAGCGGCGUGGGGAAGGGCAUCAUAGCCUCUUCGACGGGCUUGCUGCUCAAGACGCAAGGUCUGAAGGUGUCUUCGAUCAAGGUCGAUCCUUACCUCAAUGUCGACGCCGGGACUAUGAACCCUCGCGAGCACGGCGAGGUCUUCGUUCUCUCUGACGGCGGCGAGGUCGACCUCGAUCUCGGCAACUACGAGCGCUAUCUCAACAUUACCCUCACACGCGACAAUAAUAUUACGACCGGCAAGAUAUACCAGCACGUAAUUGAGCAGGAGCGCAAGGGCACUUACCUAGGAAAGACGGUCCAGGUAGUGCCGCACAUCACAGAUGCGAUUCAGGACUGGAUCGAGCGGGUCGCGCGGAUACCCGUCGACGACACGAACGAGGAGCCGGAUGUCUGCAUAAUCGAGCUGGGUGGCACGGUUGGCGACAUCGAGAGCAUGCCGUUUAUUGAAGCUAUGACGCAGCUUAGGCGCCGUGCGGGCAAGAAUAACUUCCUUCAGAUUCACGUUUCGUACGUGCCGGUUAUCAAUGGGGAGCAGAAGACGAAGCCUACGCAGCAGGCUAUCAAGGCGGUCCGUAGUGCGGGCUUGGUCCCAGAUUUGAUUGCCUGCCGCUGCGAAAUUGCCCUUGAUCAAGGCGCCCUGGAGAAAAUCGCACAUUUCUGCCAAGUAGACAACGACCAGGUCAUCAUGGUUCGCGACAUGCCCUCCAUUUACCAAGUGCCCAUGCUUCUCGAGCAACAAGGCCUCAUCACCUCCCUCAAGAAGAUCCUCGCCCUUGAUACCCUAACCAUAUCCGACACUCUCACAAGAAAGGGCAAACAGACCUGGGCACAAUGGCAAGCCCUGACCGGAACCCAGACCCGCAAUUUCCACGAUACGGUCGAAAUCGCCCUGGUUGGCAAAUACACAGAGUUGCACGACUCCUACAUGUCGGUCAUCAAGGCGCUCGAGCAUUCCACCAUGCGCUGCAAUCGCCUCCUCAAGAUCCGGUGGAUUGAUUCGGAGCACCUAGAAGCAAAGACGCAGAUAUCGGAUCCUUCGAGAUUUCACUCCGCAUGGCACGCCCUGUGUGGAGCAAACGGCGUACUCGUCCCCGGUGGUUUCGGCACCCGUGGCACAGAAGGCAUGGUCCUUGCUGCAAAAUACGCUCGUGAGAACAAAGUACCCUACCUGGGUAUCUGCUUGGGCAUGCAGAUCGCAGUCAUCGAAUAUGCGCGACACAUCUGCGGCAUUACAGAUGCCUCAUCGGAAGAGUUCAACGCGCAGGCAGCCAACAAGCUCAUCAUGUUCAUGCCGGAAGUCGACAAGGAGACCAUGGGCGCGACCAUGCGUCUUGGUCUGCGACCCACUCUCUUCCAAGAGGGUAGCGAAUGGUCGCGGCUCCGCGCUCUGUACCACGGUAAAACCGAAAUCCUAGAGCGUCACCGCCACCGAUACGAAGUUAACCCAUCGUUCAUCGAGCAGCUCGAGCAGGGCGGUCUCUCCUUUGUGGGCAAGGACGAUGCCGGCGUGCGAAUGGAGGUUGUCGAGAUCAAGGACCACCCCUGGUUCGUUGGUGUUCAAUUCCACCCCGAGUAUCUUUCGCGAGUUUUGGAUCCUAGCAGGCCAUUCCUUGGAUUCGUCGCGGCGAGCGCGGGCCUGCUGAGUACUAUCACCCAGCAAUAUCAGGACGGAGGUGCGGAAAGCCUCACGGCUGGCGUCAAUGGAAUCGCCCUGAACGGGAGCGGUCUCUUCUAG